UCCCACGAAAGCCUGUUGGACCAUGUAUUAGAGCUGAUUAUGAACGAGAAGCCUCCAAACAGCACUAGUCUGUUUCUGAGUGAAGACUCUGAGAAACCACAGCGCGCUCAGGAGGGCCUCCACCGUCUGUGCCGAGCGUUACAGAAACAGAUGUCAGGAAGUCGACGAAAGAUGGGCGGCAUCACACGAGACAGCAUCAAGACGUUCCUGCGGAGGAACGCCUUUGUGAUCUUCACGGUGGCUGCUGUGGCUUUAGGGGUGGUGUUGGGUUUCGCGCUGAGGCCUCAUAACCUGUCCAUCAGGGAGGUGAAGUAUUUCUCUUUCCCUGGAGAGCUGCUGAUGAGGAUGCUUCAAAUGCUCGUUCUACCGCUCAUCGUCUCCAGCCUUGUCACAGGAAUCUCCUCUUUAGACAGCAAGGCCUCUGGGAAGAUGGGAAUCCGGGCCAUCGUCUACUACAUGGUGACCACGUUUAUAGCGGUUUUCAUCGGUAUUGUAAUGGUGAUUAUUAUCAGGCCGGGUAAAGGCAGCAGGGACAGUCCAGUGGCCUCUAGUGGCAGCAUUGAGCCUGUGCAGGCCGCUGACGCUUUUCUGGACCUGAUAAGAAACAUGUUUCCACCAAAUUUAGUUGAGGCCUGCUUUAAACAGUACAAAACACUAUACAAGAAAACCCUGUUGACCAAAAAUGUCACCAUCGUGGUCAAUGCGACAGACAGCUUCAACUCUACAGACCUCAGCCAAGCGUCCAACUUCAGCACAGUCCUGCAGACCAUCCAGGAGACGGUGGAAGAGGUGGUGCCUGUCUCCGGUUCCUCGAAUGGGGUGAACGCCUUGGGGUUGGUGGUCUUCUCCAUGUGCUUUGGAUUAGUGAUUGGAAACAUGAAACAGCAGGGCCAGGCUCUUCGGGACUUCUUUGACUGCUUGAAUGAAGCCAUAAUGCGCUUGGUGGCCAUCAUUAUCUGGUAUGCUCCGGUGGGAAUCCUCUUCCUGAUCGCAGGGAAGAUCGUUGAGAUGAAAGAUCUUGCUCAGGUGGGCGGACAGUUAGGGAUGUACACUGUUUCUGUUAUUGUCGGACUCCUCAUCCAUGGCCUGUUCGUUCUGCCGCUGCUCUUCUUUGUGGUGACCAAGAAGAACCCUUUCACCUUCAUCGCUGGGCUGCUGCAGGCUCUGAUCACAGCUCUAGGCACCUCAUCCAGCUCUGCCACCCUGCCCAUCACUUUCCGUUGUCUCGAAGAAAACAACCAUGUGGACAAACGAGUGACACGUUUUGUGCUGCCAGUUGGAGCCACAAUCAAUAUGGAUGGCACUGCUCUGUACGAGGCAGUGGCGGCCAUUUUUAUCGCCCAGGUCAAUGACAUGGACCUGAACUUUGGGCAGAUCCUCACCAUCAGCAUUACGGCGACCGCCGCUAGCAUCGGAGCAGCAGGCAUCCCUCAGGCUGGGCUGGUUACCAUGGUGAUAGUAUUGACAUCGGUGGGACUGCCCACAGAGGACAUUACACUGAUCAUCGCGGUGGACUGGUUCCUGGAUCGACUCAGGACCACCACCAAUGUGCUGGGAGAUUCAUUCGGCGCUGGGAUCGUUGAGCAUCUGUCACGACAGGAACUCCAGAACCAGGAUGUGGAAAUCAGCAACUCUGUGAUCGAGGAGAAUGAAAAGCCGUACCAGCUGAUCUGUCAGGAGAACGACUCUCUCAAACAUCGCAACAGUGAAACCGCCAUGUAAUUAUCCUCAAAUCAUUAUAGUUCAAACCAACAGACUGUAAAAAAAGAUGGCCGACGCUUCUCCACUUCUGUCCACCAUAGAAAAGUGAAGCCAAAAUAUCCCAGUUACGGCCGUUGUCCAAGUGUGAAAAUGAAGUAAUUUGGGCCAGAGUGUGCGCAGUAGUGAUUCAGUUGGAGCCCGCGCCAGUAGUGAUCAUGAGGUGGAGCUGCGGUAUCAAAAUCCCAUCCAAGCUCCCACAGACCCAAUCACAAACCCACAAUCAUGACACCACAUGCCAUUUUUAUAGCAUCAAACUAAAACAAACCGUAUUAGAAAUUCGGUGUUUGCAAAAAGUGAUGACGGUUUUUGUGGGCGGAGACUAUCUGGUAGUAGAAAAUGACAGUUUUCUAGUAGCAAUCUAUGGAAGCCAUGG